AUAUUUGCUAUGGAAUAAAUUAAUCAACCAUAAAAACAUAUUGAGCUUAAUCAUUAAGCAUCCCCAGUCUCCUAUCUGUCCUACAGGUCAACCAUUAAGCAUAUUAAAGCUUAAUCAAGAAAAGUUAGCUCCUUUAUGCAAAAUCUUCCACUUCUCAAGCUUAAUCAACUAAGUAAGUGAUUCUGGAGUAAAUUUAGCUCUUCAGAAGGCAGCUUUCAGUAAAUUGUUGAGGAAGUGCAAAAGUAGGUCAUUCAGUCUUUGGCAAUUCGGAGGAUAGAAAAGUUCUCCAAUUUCCACUUUAGUUGGAUAAAAAUGUCAUUUACCUAGUCUAGUUCGUUACCACCUUCCGGACAGUGGGAUAUGAUGUGUUUUUGAGUUUUAGAGGUGAAGACGCGCGUAAGACCUUUGUGGCUCACCUUUACACACAAUUAACUCGGGUUGGAAUCAAUACCUUCAAGGAUGAUGAAACACUAGAACGAGGUGCAUUGAUUUCACCUCAACUAGUCAGUGCCAUUAAACUGCCAUUAUCAUCUUCUCAAAGAACUAUGCUUCGUCCAAAUGGUGCUUGGAUGAGCUGGUGAAGAUCAUGGAAUGUAGAGAUGAACUUGGGCAGACAGUUGUACCAGUGUUCUAUGACAUAAGUCCAUCGGAAGUACACUCCCAGAGAAAUAGUUUUGCUGAAGCCUUCUCCAGAUAUGAGGAAGAUUUCAAGGGAGACACCGAGAAGGUGCAUAAAUUGAAGAAAGCCUUAAAUGAAGCAGCCAAUUUGUCAGGCCAUGAUCUGCAUGGUAGUACUUACAACGGAAAUGAGUCUCAGUGCAUUGAACGUAUUGUGAAAGAAAUUGCCAAUAAGUUGUGCCAAAAGUCAAUGAUCAGUGACACUCUAGUUGGAGCAGAAUCACAAAUUCAGGCUGUAAGCUCACUGUUGAUGAUGGAAUGUGAAGAUGUUCGAUUUAUUGGGAUUUCAGGGAUGGGUGGUAUUGGCAAGACCACCAUUGCAAAAGCCAUUUUUUACAGGUUUUCUCCUCAAUUCGAAGGUGCUUGCUUUGUUGAUAACAUUAAAGAAAAUCAAGCUAAACAUGGGUUGUUGUCUCUGCAAAAGACUCUGCUUACUGAGGUAUUGAAAAUUGAAUCUGUGAAUCUUACUGAUGAAUAUGGUGGAAUCGAUAUGAUAAAAAAAAGGCUUGGCUUUAAGAAGGUUCUGGUAGUUCUUGAUGAUGUGGAUCAUCAAGACCAGUUGGAUAGGCUAGCUGGAGCCCAUGAUUGGUUCGGUAAAGGUAGUAGGGUUAUUAUUACUGCAAGGGACGAGCACUUGCUAUUGGACUGUGACGACACUUACAGAGUUUGUUUACUUGCUAUAGCUGAAGCGACUCGACUAUUUAGUCGGCAUGCUUUUAGAGAGACAUCUCCAGUCAAUGGUUUUGAGCAGUUCUCUCACCAAGUUGUAAAGUAUGCUGAUGGCCUUCCCCUGGCGCUUAAAGUCUUGGGUUCCUUCCUUCGUGGACGGAACAUGAAGCAGUGGAGGAGUGCACUAGAUGCACUGCGAGAUAUUCCUAGUGAAGAAAUCAUUUCAAAGCUUAAGAUAAGUUAUGAUGGACUAGGGGAUGCAGAGAAGCAAGUUUUUCUAGACUUCGCAUGUUCAAUUUUUAAGAACAGGUUAUGUUGGUCUUUUAAAACAACUAUUCACUGA